CAGGCGGGUCUGUUCACAAAGAACAUGAAUGUUUGGUUUGUGAACAAACGAAACUGAAGAUUUCAUGUUUUACAGCCAGAGGCAGAACGACACCAUUUCAUUAAGGGGAGGGAGUUUAUGCUCUGCUGUGGGAAUAAAACUCCAGUCUGAGGAACUUUCAGCUUCCAGACUUUAGAUUUUCUGUUGGCUUCAUCAGCAGUGAGCAGAAAACAGCAGGAAAAGAUGUCAAACAUCUCAGAAGACGAGUGGAGAGACACAAUGACCAAGAUCUUUGAGAAGCUGGAGGUUCAUCAGUUCAGGAAAAUGAAGGAGCUUUUGAAUAAAUCGGGUUAUGACUCACCAACCAAGGUGACCACCAAGUUUAAAAUGGAGCUGCCUAAAAACCUAAUUCAGACGUUUGGAGCAGAGGAAUCCAUUCGCUUAGUCAACAAAGCAAUGAAGGAGAUACCAAGGAAUGACGCUGGAGUCCAGGACCUGCUGCGUCCUUUUAUGGACAAACUGAAAAAACAAGAAGAAGGUCGAGACACGAGCAGCCAGCCAAAGACGGAUCCUGAUGGAGCAGAAAAGCCAGAGCAGAACCAAGGCGCUUCAUCUGGACCAGCUCACAGUCCACAGAAGAUGUUCAAAUCUGAUGUGACAAAAACCAUCAGGGAUCUGAAGGCCGGUGAACAUCUGGGUCAGAAGGUUCUGACUGUGAAGGUUGUGCACAAAUCUGACCUAUACGAAAAUCAAACCAGAACCAAGUUUUAUUUCCAUCUGGGAGUCGCUGAUGAGACGGACGCCAUCAAAGUUGUGGUGUUUGGAAGCGAGCGGUUUCCAGACAUUAAGAAGGACCACUUCUACACCAUCAGAUAUGCCGUCAUGGAACAUAAGGAGAAAGUUUUGAAAAUUGCAGAAAUAACCAGGAUGUCAGAGACCGGCCCAUUCGAAGUUCCCAGAAAUGUGGUGCUGGAAGCUGAAAAACUUAUUUUCAGUCCAGUUUACAGCAUCAGAGACAUCCAGAGCCUGGGAGACAAGAAGGAAGUGAGUGUUGAAGGCACCGUGAAGGAGAUCGGAGUCAUUAAAUCCAUGGAGAUGAGAGCAAAACCGGAGAAGAGAGACAAGCAGGCCUUUGAGCUGGAGGACGGUACCGGGUCCAUCAUAGUGGACCUGUGGGGUGAAGACACCAAACACCUGAGUGGGAUAUCAAAUGGAGACGUGGUUCUGGUCAACAACUUAAAGACAAACCUCUUUAACAACAGAGUUUCUUUAAACUCCACCAACUCCACCAGAAUCACCAAGGUCCAAAGUGCUCUGGUCCAGAGUGUAAACAUCACGAUCCUGGGGAUCAGUAAGGUUGACCUGAUCAGUGCUGAGCUGGAGGUUCAGAUAAACGGCCAGGUGAAGACGUUGGAGGUUUCCUGUCCCCUCCUGGCAGAAGGGCUCGGUCUCCGCCUGGAGGACGACUUCAGAGCCAAACUACUGGAGAAAGUCCCGUUUCCAGCCGAAGCACAAAUACAAGGAAACAAGAUCAAGCAGCUUAAAGCUGCAGCCUGAACCUCCUCAGGUUCUGCUUCACAUCCACAUGUCUUCUGUUGGACUCUGUUGCUGCCAUCUAGAGGCAGGACAGAAACGCUUUCAGCUGGGAUUUUGCUUUAUUUGAUCUUGAUUAUGAAAAUUUGUCUUUGGCUUCGGUUUUAAACUAAAAAUCUGCUGGAAUAAACACCCUGGAGCUACUUUA